GUUUGGUUGUCAUGGCGCGUUAGGACCUGGGAAUGUCUCUCUCGCAGGAACAGCUUCUUUAUGUUUAUAACUACCGAAAUCUGAUAGCUCAGCGUCUUUUAAGCUUCAACUGAGGGUCAGAUGGAUAGAGCAGCAGAUGUGCUGAGUGGUGUGGAGUCGUUAUCCUCCUCCUCCUCUCCUCCUCCUGUCUCUCUCUCCUCUUGUCUGUCUCUCCCGCCUGUCUCCUGCUCCUCCUCUCCUCUCUCGUCCUCUCGUAAGGUCACCGCUCGUCUCUAUUCCUCCCUCCAGCACAGCCGAGAGCAGGAGGUCAAAGCUCACCAGCCUGACGCUCAUCACACUGUCACUGCAAGCAGGCAGGUGUCCUUUAAGUUGACGUCUCCUUUGGUUGCCAUGACAACAGCUGCACCCUCUCUGCAAUCUGAUAGGCUGAAUGAGUCAGAGGAAGUGGAGUUUGGUCUUGAUGCAUGCUCCUCCAGUGAUCUCAGGAUCUCUGGCUUGGAGGAGGUGGAGUCAGAACCAGAGCCAAUCACGAAAGAGAUGGACCUGAACCUACAGAGUAGCACUAAACUCUUGAGUGGCCGGCGGCACAUUGAAGAGAUGGAGAAUGUGAGGAGUCAUUUACAGACAAUUUUGAGAGCCAGAGGUACUGACACACAUGAACUCCUCCCUUCUGCAUUACAUCAUCUUCAGGACAAUGAGAGUGACACCACCUCGCACCUGCUCAGUGGUGUAGAGGAGUUGUUCCCGCGGUAUUCCCGGCUCCGUGCUGAUUUUGACUCUGCCCCUUUUCACUCUGUCUCUGAGCUGCAAGUAAUCAGAGAGAGUCUGGAAAGAGAGAGAGCAAGACGUAAGCAUUCAGAGCAGCAGCUCUUGGCAGUACAGAGUAAGGCAUUAGGGCUGCAGCAGCAGUUAGCGCUCGCUGUGUCUGCGGAUCGUAAGAAGGACAUCAUGAUAGAGCAACUCGAUAAGACGUUGGAGAAGGUAGUGGAGGGGUGGCGCCGACACGAGCGAGAGAAGAGUGAGGGAGUGAGACGACUGCAGGAGGAGAAGGAGGCAGUGGAGAGUGCACAACAAAAACAGAGAGAGGCUUUGGCUUGCCUUGAGAAGAGUCUGUCCGAGGCAGCAGAUAUGCUGGACAAAGAAAAAAACCGCAACGAAGACUUACAGAACACCAACAAACAGCUGGAGUGCGACAUGGCGGAGCUGCGUGUGUGUGUAGGUGAGGUGGAGCAGAAGGUGGAGUGUCUGCGUGCUGAGGUAGAGGAGAAGAAGGCUGAGGUGAAGAGAGUCCAGACACACAGCCUGGAUCUACAGCAACAACUGGAACAACACAACCUCGAGGCCAAACGCGUGCGCGCGCACCUGCAGCAGGAGCUGACACUGCUCACACAACAGCUGGAGAAAGAGAAGGAGCGAGUGGGUCAGGAAGUGCAGCUGCGUGAGGAGACCCAGUCCAGACUUCAGCAGCUGCAGCAGGACCUGGAGGAGACUAGAAGAGAGAGAGACACGGCCAGAGUGGAUCAAGCAUUGGACCAGGCUCGGUUUGAGGCUCAGCGCUCACAGUGGGAGGUGGAGCUCCGGCUCUCUGUGGAACAGCAGGUCACAGAACGUCUGGCAACCAUACAGGAGGAGAACGCUAACGCUACAGCUAAACUACGGGAACAGCACAGGAAGCAGCUGCUUGACCUGAGUGCUCGUCAUGAGAGAGAGCUCUCUGUUCAGUCAGAUGAAUUCAGAGCACAGUUGAAGGAGAGAGACGACCGACAGCACCAGCUCACACUCGAUUUCAACAGCAAGAUGGCAGAGCUACAGGAGGAGUUGGGUUCCAUGGAAACUAGUAAGCGGAGGCUUGAGACACAGAGGGAGGAACUUGUCUCUCGACUGCAGGGAAUGAUGCGCUCCCAUUGGGCAGAGGCUCUGAGGCUGCUGACCAAUCAGGAGCAGACUGAAGGGGUGUUUUCUCCCUGGUCACUGCGGGACAUGUCCAAAUCACACUCAUCCCCUCGAACUCAGGAAACCAGCACUGACAGCACAGCGCACACACACUCUCCAGCUGUUCCUCAGGCUGUGGUCCUUCAGCUGUGCAGAGACCGAGAGCAAGGGAUAAGAAGACAGAGGGACAGUGGAGGGGACAGGGGACGAGCGGAGUCUGACUUCAGCCUGUUAAACAACAGUCACACCUUCAGUCCACUGGAGCCAGUGCUGGAUGACACACACCUCAGUGGUGGAGGUGGUGCUGAUGAUCCUUGGGACAGGCCUGUGGGAGGAGAGACCCAGAUGGUGGACAGAGGAAAAAAUCAAAAAAGAGAACAAACAGAGAGAGAGAGAGGAGCAGAGACGACUCGGUCUGGAGAGAAUCUGAUUCUCCACUCAACUCACUUCCACACCCCGGAUCUGUACUGCGACAUGAAUCAAAACAGGAGGAUUCAGUCUGACCACCAAGUCAACAGACAACCAUUUCCCAAUCCCAGUGUGAAUAUGACUCAGACUGUGACUCUGAAUCCCAGUCUCAGACCGAAUCAAGCGCAUGCCUCCACUGAUGUACAGGCCAAUCAAUGCUCAAAUAAGGAGGCAGGGCGAUGUCAUGUAUCCAAGCAAAUGUACAGUAGUACAGAAAUGACAGCUCCACCCAUAGAAGAACAGACACUGUCAGUCAAAGUGAGAGCUCCUCCCCCUGCUCUCAACAUGUCGUCUUUGUGUGGUGAGAGACAAACUGAACUUCAGUACUACAUAGCAAAGCUGUUGGAGCGUUCUCCGGGUGAACCUCUGGAGGAACAUCAGGUAGAUCAGAGCAAGAACAGAGCAGAAACACAGUCUGCUAACUCAGGUGUGAGUUCUCAAGUGGAGCCAAAGCUGGAGCAGCUUGCUGACCACCUUCACCGGACACUGACCCCUACACACACCAUGCAGCACCUGCAGCAGCUUCUUGAGAGCUUUGUUAGGUCAGGGGAGGUGUGUGUUGACCCAUUCCGAGCUAAUCUGGACCAGAGACAAGCACAGCACAACAGGAAGGAGCAGCAUCAGUCUGCAGCUCGCUCCGCGCAGAACACAACCACACGAGGACGUCGGACUGGACUCCAAGGUCAAAGGUCAGGAUCGAAAGUCAACGUCUGGAGAUGAAUAAACCCUCUCAUGUUUUGUCCGAGACAGAAAGUGGACUUUCUUCUAGUGGUGUUUUUUGGGUACUAAUUUAUUAUAAUGUUUUAUUAAAUUUCUUAUUUUAUAAA